AUGGAAGGUAGAUGCAGAAGUUGUUUAUUAGAAUGUAAUGAUGAUUCAGAAUUAUUUAAAUAUUCGGAGAAAAACCGACGCCGUUUUGUAUACUCCACAGGAAUUCAGGUUAAACGCGAUGAUCUGUUAAUAUUUCAACUGUGCAAAGAAUGUCAUUCAAACAUGAAAGUGGCUUGUAAAUUUAGAAAAUCAUGUCGGUCGUCUGACCGUAUAUUUAAUUCUUAUGUGCAAGCAAAGGAAUUAGAAGAUAAUAUUGACUUUGACACAUUUAUUAAAGGACACGAUGAUUCAAUUAAAUUAAGGUUACCACAAAACUUGCAGAAUAGUACACCAAAUCAUAAUAAAAAUAAAGAUGUUGAUAACGUUUCAACAACAACAAGUAUGCGCAACUUCUUAACUGAUGUAACUCAUGAUAUUCCGGACAAUGAAGCUCGUAUUAUUAAUGAAGUUAUUCAAGAGGAAGCUGAUAUAUCUGAUGUGUCCAUUGACUCCCAUUGGCUUCAAGAUGAAGCUUCCGUAGUAUCUGAUUUUAGAUUUGACUUUGGUUUGAGCCCAUUUUCAACACAUUCCAUUGCAAAUGAUCAUUGUUAUACAUUACCAUAUGAAUUUAAUCAUGAAAAUUUUAAAAAUAAAUUACCUUUAAAUCAAAUACUUUAUAAUGAAAAUAAUCAAGAAAAAAAUUUACAAAUAAAUAGAAAUGAUACAACAAGAUGUGUUAUUGAUAAGAAUUUAGAUAAAGCUUUGCUAGACGAGAGCACUGAUCGGAUUGCAUUAGAAGAUUUACUUGCAACACCACCAAUUGUCUCAAACGCUUGGGCGCCAUCUACACCUACAAUAAAUAACAUAUUAUUUGGAGAUAAACUUGAUGAUGAUAUUAAGAAAUCCGGUCAAAAUAUUGAACAAUACAAAGAAGUUCAAGGUACAAUUGAUGUAUUGGACGAAUUCUUAAAUUUAAACAACUUUGAAGACAAAGUAUAUGAUUCAGUAAAAGAAAAUGGUGUAAUAGAGACUAGUUUAAAAGAAUAUAAAGAAAAUUAUGAAUUAGAUACAAACUUAAGAACUGAAGAAAAUGGUAAUGAAAAUCAAGAUUGGUUUGAGGACACAAAUGCAAUUGAAUCUAUAGAAUCAUCAAUAACUGAUGAUAUAACACAAAAUGGAAAACAUGUUAUUAUUGAAGAAAGUGAUAAUAAAAUACGUAUAAAAAUAAAACGUAAAACGGACGGUAGUCUUAAGAAAAUCGAUAAAAAUAAUGAAGAGCUUAAUAAAUUAAAUCCAGUUAAAAUAAGUGAUAAUGAAAAAGAUAGUCGGCCUCCCAAUGAAGAUGAGUGUUGUUUAAAAGAACUGUUGUGUAAAAUAUGUGAUAAGAAGUUUGAUAAAUUGAGAUUUCUCAAAAUACACUUUACAAAGAAACAUAACUUGAGAAUUAAUCCAUGUAUUAAGAGUCAAGUGAAACGUAUAUGUGCCUAUUGUGGACUCGAGACUAAGCAAAGUCUAUCUAGAUUUUUGAAGCACAUUGAUACACAUGUGAACAAAGUGUCAUAUUCGUGUAAGAAAUGCAGUUUUACAUUCAGUACUAAACGGCGAUUGAUAACGCAUGAAAAUGUACACAAAGGAGUGUCAGAUGCAAAACCAGUCGUUAAGCAGAAGAAAAUAAUGUGUGAUAUAUGCGGUAGGGCAUAUACAUCGUCGAACUAUCACGUGCAUAUGCGAAGACAUUUAAAGGACUACGCGUAUAAUUGUGUAGAAUGCGAUGCCGGAUUUUAUAGGAGAACUGAUUUGACAUUACAUAUGAGAACUCACACAGGUGAACGGCCCAUGACUUGUACAUUCUGUAGCAAAUCAUUUAAAAGACGAGAUAUUCUCAAUGUCCACAUUAGAAGGCACACGGGGGAGAGGCCUUUUAAAUGUGAUAUCUGUGAUAAAACUUUUACGACAAAACACAAUUUGAUGACACAUCAAUCUCGCGCCAAGGAUUGUCUUAUGCUACAAGAAAAACUCGCUUUUCCUAAUGGUAUGCAAGGUAUACCAUGA